AUGGACCGACUGGUGAAGCCAGACUUGCAAGAACUCUGCCUGCCCUUCGCCAGAGGCCGAAGAUGCUGUGCAACCUUCAAGUUAACCAACCUGAUGCAUACCAUGUCCGUCGCCGUUUCUCUCACCACCACCAAUCCAUCGCUCUUCAACUUCUCGCAACCUUUCUCCGUCAUCCCACCUCUUUCUACUUCCGCUUUCACUCUUUCCUUGUCUCAUACUCCGACUGGUAUAUAUUCUGACCAGCCUCCCCUCUCUUCACCUCCAGACAGCGUCCUCGUCCGGUCAUCCAUGCUUCCCACGGGAAAGGCCCAUCACGAUGACCUCCGCCAGUUGUUCUCCAAACCGGGCCCCCACAUCUUCAGGGAUGCUGCGCUCCCCGUCUCCUUCGUGGGACCUCAUGUGGUGGAGUCUCUGAUUCUCGCGCCCUCGCCCAAGUCCCUGGAAGUCGCUUUUCUUCUAUCCAAAGCCAUCCUUUGGUGUGACAGAAGGCAGCUCACUUCGCUGCUUCGGUGCUCUGCCAGGCGCGGAAACGCGGACGUGGCAUCCGCCCUGAUUGAAGCCGGUGCAGAUGUUAACGACAGGGACGAAGAGGGGCAAUCCGCCAUGUCCCUGGCCGUCAAGUCUGGAAAUAUUGGUGUUGUCCAGGUCUUGAUUGAGUCAGGUUAUUCAAUGGAGCAUUCAGUUGAUCUGUUUUUACACGAUGCGGCGGCUAUGAACCGCUUGGACAUAUUGGAAAUCUUGUGUCUGGGUUAUUCAGAUAUUGAUAUGAAUUCGACUGACUCCCGGGGGCAAACUGCUCUUCAUUUAGCUGCCCAUCACGGACACCUUGACGUUGUUCGAUUUCUUGUAUCAGAAGGGAGCGAUCCUGAUGUCGUCGAUGGCAAAGGAUGGGCUCCGCUUCAUUAUGCUACACGGGAAGCCCACGUCGAAGCCGUCGAAUUCUUGUUGGAGCAUUCAGUUUCCGCUAAAUAUGCUGUAACAAAAGAAGGAAAGACGGCGUUCGAUCUGGCCAAGGAUGAGGAGCAGACUCAUAUGUACAAUAUGUUACGUUUAGGCGAUGAUUUGCAUAGAGCGGCGAGGACGGAAGACGACGUGGAAGCGAUCAAGAAUUGUUUGGGCCAAGGGGCGAAGGUGAAUUCCAGGGAUCAAAAUGGUUGGACUCCCCUGCACAGAGCUGCAUUCAAGGGUCGGAUAGAGAGCGUGAAGGUCCUGAUCAACCAUGGAGCUGAGGUGGAUAAGGUAAAUGAUAUUGGAUACACCCCACUUCACCUGGCGGUCGAGGCCGGUCAUAUGCAGGUUGCAUUGUGCCUCAUGGCCCAUGGGGCUAGAGCUAAUUUGAAAAGUCUCAAAGCAGAGCUUGUUCCCUCAACAACCAUCCUUCUCUUGUAA